CGUUUCCUCCUGCCCGGGGCGGGAGUGCCGCCAGGGCCUCUGGGGCGCUCUGAGGCUUGUGGCUUGUCUGAGGGUUCAACACCGUGGGACCGCGGGGACUCUCCCCCCCCCCGUCUUCCUCUCUCGCACUUGGCGCUUGUGCGAUCCCGGGAGGAGCGAGCGGCAGCGCACCCCAGCCCCCUCCUGGGCGGAGCUCGCCGCUGCGCUCUUCCGAGAGCAGCCGGCGGGACUGCUGCGCGCUCGCCCGGGCAGUGGCGCGGCGGAGCUGGAGCCGACGAGGCGCACGGAGAUCGCGGCGGCUGGUCUGCGGAGAUCGCGCCUGCUUCGCCAUGAGCUUCCCUCGGCCCUUGCGCCGAUCCGUCAGCCUGAGCUCUGCGCGGACCCUAAGGCUCGUGGUGCUGGGACAGGGCGCCGUGGGCAAAACAGCUUUGACAGUGAGAUUCAUCACUAAGCGAUUUAUUGGUGAUUAUGACCCUACUCUAGAGAUGAUUUAUAGGCACACAGCUGUCAUCGAUGGAGAGAUGGUGCAUUUUGAAAUUCUUGAUACAGCAGGACAGGAGGAGGACUCUCUACAAAUUGAAGAGAAGAUAAAGUGGGGAGAUGGCUUUGCUGUGGUUUACUCUGUCACCGACAGGUGCAGCUUUGACGAAGUCAUGAGGCUCUGCUUCCUCAUCAACCACAUCCAUUCCAGCCCAAAGCGGAGCAGUGCGAGUGGAGAGCCGCCCGUUGUGAUUGUCGGGAACAAGAAGGACCUGCAGUUUGAUCGUAUGGUGUCCUCUGAGGAUGGGGAGAACCUCUCCAAGGCCCUGAAGCAUCCUUUCUACGAGAUCUCUACCAGGGACAGCUAUGAGGAGACGGUGGUGGUUUUCAACACUUUAUACAAUGAGCUGAUGAAGCAAGGUCAUUUUUCCCCAGGGCCUUUCAAGAGGCGAGCAGUGUCUAAACUAAUGGAAAAGAUCCCAAAGAUUCACGCCAACUCAACUCUGGCCUCGGGUAGCAGGAGUCUGAGCUUCAAUUCCUUCAGGGACUACAUCCCGGAAUGAACUUCUGCACAGGCCAUUGUGAAAUGAUGGGCAAUUUACGCAGGGACCAGCUGGAGUUGGCAAGGGAGAGUGUGCAGACCUGGUGAAAUGGCAAGUCCAGAGACCUGUGCAUUGCUAGGAAAGGUGUUGUUUUCCCCUAACUACCUUUAAAGGAAGGAAGGCACCGGGUGACCCUAGACCAGCUUUGUGGUACAGCAGUACAUAAGACCAACUCGCCUUGGUCAGACCAAAGGUCCGCCUAGUCCAGUAUCCUGCUCUGAACAGGAGCCAGACAGAUGCUUCUGGAAGCUCACUAGCAGGAUAUGAAGGCAAUAAUCUGCCCCCUCCCCCGUUUCCAGCCCUGGCAAUUGGUAUACAGAAGUAUACUAUCUCGAUAGCUGGAAGUUCCAUUUAGCCAUUAUGACCAAUAGCCAUUGAUAGACCUACCCCCUGUGAAUUUGUCACCUCCUUUUUUAAAGCCUUCUUUACUGGUUGCCAUCACCACAUCUUGUAGCAGCAAGGCUAAGGCUAAGGCUGUUAAGGCAGCAAGGCUAAGGCUAAGGCUGUUAAGGCAGCUAAGGCUGUUGUGCCGCCUUUUCUUCUUGUAGAGAUUAGUCUUCUAAAUCCUGGGUGGAAGGGCAACUGAGAACGUUCCUUUGGUUGCAUGGUCUGAUUAUUAUUCUUUUUGGGCACCCAAGAAAGCAAGUAAUGCCCUUACCAAGACUGGACUCUUGAUGUGGAGCUCUGCACCAGCGCAGUCUUGUUGAGUUAGUCUUGUUGGAAGGAGGGGUGGUGGGAUCUACAACAAGUUUUACAAAAGGCUGAUUAAGAUGUGUUCUCAUCUUCCCGGUUCUUGCUAGUACGUUAUUGCUCCCUCCUGUCCAUCAGCAUAAUGGUUUAGGCAUCUGACCUUUUCCGUAAUGGACCAAGGCCAGUGGCCCCGCCAGUUUUCACCAGUCAGGAUCAAUAGAAGAACAUGUUGGAAGUGGCUGAUUAAAGAUCUGAUUAGUAGGGAGUUCUUGAGCAGCAGUGCCAUGUGACUUCAUGGCAGGAAGCACUGAGGUCAGAGAAUAGGGAAGUUCAUGGAAUCGUGGUGCUUCAGGCUGCAAAACAGUGCACACUUUUCUAGAAGUGAGGCCCACUGAGGACUGUGGGACUUACUUUUGAGUAAACGUGCAUAGGAUUACACUGUUAGUGACCAGAAGCCCAUCAAGUGUGCCAUAAGACAGCUUCCACCACCAAUCUUCCUGUGUAGUUAGUACCAUCAGUAUUCAGAUAACUGACUUUUUAUUGGUGUGUCCUAGCAGGGAGCACUUUCAAGUCUCUCCUCAUUCCCGGCAGAUUUUUUUCCCUUGAAGUAGGAACGUAAGAUGCUACUUUAGAGCAAUGGUCGAACCAGCCAAGUACUAUUUGUCUUAACUGGCAGCCAACUCUUCAGUAUCUCAGCUUUCUCCAUUGUGUUCAUUUCCUGCUCUUUAUUUAACUGGAGAAACCAGGGAUCGAACCUGGAACCUUCUGCUUGCAAAGCAUAUGUUGUAUCAUUGAGCUAUGACCCUGACCCAAUUUAGUUAUUUCUUCCUCUUUUAAGACUGCAUCCAUUGUCAUGCUAAUAUACUUGCUGUACUGGAAGGAAAGAUGACCAACUUGUUCCACAAAGGCUUCUGUUCUACCGUUCAACACUGGAAAAUAGUGGGCAACUCAAAGAAGCGCUGUGCAUUGCGAACCUAGAUAUUUUAGAUGCAGCUCGAGGGGUUCUCCAUAUAUCUGAAAGUAAUAAACAUAUCUGCCUGUUCUUGAUCAAAACCCCAGGGCCAUCUUUUGCUUAUUUCUGACAACAAUAGGAACUGCCUUCACCCAACAAGUCUGGGAACAUAGCUCCCUCUUGAAACCCAUUUGACUCUCAGAUCCAAACUAAGCAUUUUUAAAAUCAGCUUGUGUGGCUUUAUAAUUACAUUCUGUAUUGUAAAAUGAUAUGAUACUCUGAUGUUGACUAAUAGCUGUGUACAAGCAGGAAAUGGAAUCAGAGUAUAUGAGGUGGGCGUGGUGAGAGGAGUACAAAUACAAUGAAGCCAGAACUGAAGCCGCUAGAAGUUGUGGACUACAACUCCCAACAGCCCUAUAGCCAGAGCUUGAAAGUUGUAGUCCAGAACAUCAGAAGGGCACCAAUUGGGCCAUCCCUGCCCUAGGCCUUUUGCAGUGGUACAAAUAUUCCUGUGUUUUAUUUCAAAAGUGGACACUGCCACCGUGAAUCCACUUAAAAUGGAGCAGAACUUCAUUUCUAUCCAAGGUUACUAAAAUAAACACUUUCUUAGAUUUGUGGCAUUGUCAGCUAAAUAGCUGCCACCUGGGUUAGGAGCUUGACUCUCCCUCUCCCUGCAGUUUCUACAUCCUAAAUCAACACUGUUCCAUAGGGUACCCUGCAGUGAUCUCAAGAGAAUGAGUAAGUGUGAAAUAAAAAUCUCUUCAAAGCCCCAAUCAUAAAUCCAGGGAUAUGUUCAAAGCAAAGGCUUAAAAUUUUCUCAGGGUGCUUGACUUUUAAAAGGAGCCAGGACUAAAAAUUUCCUUUUCCUCUUUUAAGUAGCCUAGCUAUUGUUGGAUUGACUGCUAAAGUGGUUUGCUUUUACAGUCAAAUGCUAUUCUGGUUUGUCUCAUUGGGUGAGGGGGCGUAAUUAUACCUAUCUCAACUGAAAUUUCUAAGAAGCAAAUUCUAAAUUAGAGUCUAUGUCUGUUUCCACAGGUGAAGGCUGUUAGCUGGAAGAUUUUUUUAUUUGCUAGCCAUAGAGAAUAUUGAAAAAAGAUUUUAAUUUAAAGGCUGAUUGUUUGCAUGCGUCUUCAGUAAAUUUUCCUGUUGAAGAGGUCAGGAAAGCUCAUCUUCAUGAGAGCAGCUUUAUGUAUCUGCAAUGUUUUAGACAACUGUAUUCCAGCAGCUGGAAAGUGCAUAGCAUCCUUUCUGAUGCCUUCUGUUAUUAAUGGAUUCUGUUCAACCUGUCAUGGGAACUGUAAAAUGUACUUGCAGUGGUAACUGUAUAUAGAUUGGAUUUCCUAGGAAAGGGGGUGAUGAUUCACAUACAUUGUUAUAAAAAUUAAACUCGUCCAGCUCUUUACAGCCACUUACACCACCUUCAUCCAUGUUUUCAACCUCUCACAGCCACAAAAAUCUCACAUCCCCACCUUGUCACUGAAAAUGGUGGCUACUGUAGUUUUUACAAAAUACACAGUAUUUCUCAUGCUGCAACUUGAUUGGCAGUACAUAGUUACUUGCCUAGCUGCCCUUUGCGACAGUCAAUAAAAUUACACACACCCCAAAAAAGCAGUUUAUGUGCUUCUUCAUCGAACGGAGACUUUAAUUUGCCAAAAUUAAAUUUCACCCCCUAAAAUGGCAUGUCGUACUAGAACAUAAAAAGCCCUUUUCCUUUCCCACUGAGGAAUCCAUAUGUGUGCUUCCUGUUCUGUUAAGCAACUUUCCACCAGCCAUGAAGGUACUGCAAGGAAUUGCUGCUUGUUUUAUAUACACGCUCAUUCACAUAAGAGAACUGAAACAAUCCUUAAUCCUGCCUAAAUGAGUGCCCCCUCCCCCAAAGUACAGACCUUGUACAAUUGUUUGUUCCACAGUUUGGGGUUCCUUGGGCAAGAUAUUUAUGGUAGGGGACACACACACACACCAUUGUUGCUUCCUGUUCACUUUCCAAUAGGGCUGGAGGUUGGCAAGCAAAGGAACUGGAUGGGUGAAUGAGGAGGAAUAGUAUUCAUUGCCACUUCUGGGAGAGGGCAGUUAGUGAGUGGUAAUACCUGCUGCUGUUCCUUGCUUCAAUGUCAGUUGCCCAACUGGAUGGGUGAGUGAGCAAACUGAUAGCAGCGAGGUACAGCCACAGGGGACUUGGGGGAGUCCCUUGUAAGACCCUGGGACCCUCAGCAUCUGCCUGAGAAUACUGGGCAAUGGAUGGAAAUCUCUCUCAAAAUGUAAAUGCCAUUAUUUUUAAAUACUUCAUAAUGUGUUUUACAUGUAUAUACUUUUUUUCUUGUAACUUCCAUUGCGUUUGCGUUAAGGGUUUGCUGAGGGUGAAGAAAAACUGCCAUCUUCAGCAACUGUUUGUAUAUGGAGUGGUGGUGAUUAUUCUGUGAAUUAAAAAAAUAAUAAUUCUCAGGUUUGUUUCUUCAAGCCAUUUCAUUUUAGACGUUCAGAUGUAACCAGUGUUCAGUGGCAAUUGAGAAUUCACAUGUAAAGAAAAGGGGAGGAAUUCAAGGUUGUGUUAAGGUGAUUGUUCAAUCGGGAAUGCAUUUCAGCUUGCCCAAUGGAAUGAUGCCCCCCUCUCCUCCCCCUGUAUUUCUCCUGAUCCCCACAGAACCAAUUUUCGGGGGGGGGGGAGAGGAAGCCCUGUUACUCCAGUGGAAGGCUGUGUCCGUGCAUAGAUUUCUCUUAGUGGAGAGUCCAAUAUUUUUCCGUCUCAUGCAACUUACCAUAGUAGAGAUGACGAAGUUAGGCAUGUUUUCUUCCAGAGGCAGUCAGCUGUUUUAUUUAUUUACUUGCAAAACUAUCUAUAGCACUGACAUAAAGUAAGAAAAUAUGGCAGUGCGCAACGUAAGACCAACAAUAAAUCUGCAUUCAUUAAACAAGUAUAAAAACAGGUUGCAGCUAGAUGAGGAGCCAUCCCAGGUCACAACUGAUGCACUGAGAAGUGUUGGGGGGUACAUCCUGUGCAGCUACCAUGUUCUUAAAAGGGGGAAAUUCUCUUCAAAUUGGUGGUUUGUGUUUGCUCUUUGUGUGGGAGAGGAAUGAUUCCAAACAUCUAUGGCAAUUCACAGUCACAUGCAAGAGCGGGGGGAAGGGGAUCAGAUGUGGCUAGUGAACAAAAGUUGGUUUCAGCUUCAGUUAAAGACCAGCUUCUGUCACCAACAGUAGGAUAACCCCUUUAUUACCCCCACUGCUGUGGAACCAUGUGAUACAACCCCUGCAGCUCCCAUUGCUGCCACUGUUUGUCUCUCCAAUGGAGGAGGGUGUGAAGCCACAUCACAGAUGGUUUUCAGCAGUGGUCAACUGUGAGGUCCACACUUGCCUUGAGCUGCCCUGUGAGGAUGUUGAAAGGAGACAGAUUGCCAGUCCAGCUGCAGAAUGGCUCCUUUUAGUCUUCUAUCACUUAAUCUUUCUGAAAUCAGCCUUAGCUUCAAGAGGGAUAGAAAUUGGAUAGCACAAAGUUUUUCCAUUGUUGCCCAUAGCAGCAGCCCUACAUUUAUAUACAUAUCUCAGGAAACAAUGACAUUGCUUUUCAAACUUUUCAAGGACAGGAACAUGCUCCUGGGAGUGUGUGUGUGUGUGUGUGUGUGUUCGUGUUCGUGUUCCUCUUCUAGUCUGAAGAAAGGCAUCAGGACAGCAAAGCCACAGAUUUUACUCCAACCAAAACCUCCCAUUCCCACAUAAUUGUGCUGGAUCUCCCCUGGCAGCACUUCUUAUGGCCAUUCACAGCCCUGAUAGAUUGACAUAGAUGAUGGGCAUUACCAUUCAAAUACUGUGUGUAUGCUGCAUCUUGUGAUCAAUUAUGUGUGGUGGGGCUUACCUGCCCCUCCAAUAUUUUAUUAAAGUUGGCACCCCUGCUUCCAUGGAAGUUGAUCUCCCCCACCUCUACCUACCUAUACACAGGCUCGCACGCAUGCACAUACAUACAUACAUACAUACAUACAUACAUACAUACAUACAUACAUGAACACCACCACUAAUACCACCCUUUUGCCUGGUAGCAGUCCUGUAACUCGGAUCUUGUUUGCACAUCACAAUACAGUGGUACCUCGGUUUAAGUACACAAUUGGUUCCGGAAGUCUGUACUUAACCUGAAGCGAACUUUCCCAUUGAAAGUAAUGGAAAUUGGAUUAAUCCAUUCCAGAUGGUCCACGGAAUACUUAAACUGAAGCAUACUUAACCUGGAGCGAACUUUCCCAUUGAAAGUAAUGGAAAGUGGAUUAAUCCGUUCCAGACGGGUCUGCGGAGUACUUAAACUGAAAGUACUCAAACUGAAGCGUACUUAAACCGAGGUAUAACUGUAAUCCACAUUUGGGUUUACUGGGAUUGUGUUAAAUAAAAAAAUUCCUUCAGUAGCACCUUAAAGACCAACUAAGUUUUUAUUUUGGUAUGAGCUUUCGUGUGCAUGCACACUUCUUCAGAUAUUGUGUGAAUUUCUUCUCAGAGAGGCACUCACAGCUUGCUUUGCUGCUCUGGGCUUGGUUACAGUUUGUGAUCAGUGAGGUAGAGAGAACUCUGAGCCCAGGUUCAGACAACACACUAAGACAAACUUUGGCUUAGCUCUUCAUGGUGUAGGAGAAAAAAAGACAGGGAUGAGUUAAGCAGCUGUGGGCUCCUCUUCAGGUGCCUGCACAUUCCCUGUGUCCUGGAAAGCCAUGCCAUGGUUUGGCUUACGAUGCCUUCCAACCAGGCCUAUUUGGAAUUGUCACUUUUUGUCUUUCUGUCAUUGUCUUUUGUGGCCUCUCUUUUUCAGCUGUAUUCUGCAUGUGUAUAUAUUUUCAAGUAAAAGGCCUUUUAAUCAAAAGCCCACUUCAACCUCCUCCUUCCAAAUGUCAGAAGAUUAUUUGUCCUGUUCUUAUAAAGAAGGUAUGACUCGAGCAAACUCGUGGUAUUCGAAGUGUUAAUCUGCAUUUGCUAAACAGUCAUUUCCUCACAGUGGUGUCACAGGGGCACUGCGCCCCAGGUGCCAUGUGUGUGUG